CGUGGGAAGGAGGACUUAUUGAAGACACGUUGUGUGUCGUUUAAACAGGAAUUGUAAUUCUAGUAGCACAUUUCAUAUUAUUAAUAUCUGCAAUCAUGUCUAUGUUAGCUGAACCUAAACGUAAAGUUGUAUGGAGCUUAGAUCCUCGAGGGAAACUAUGGUCUGAAGAUAAUUCUAAGUUUGGACAAAAACUUUUAGAAAAAAUGGGAUGGAAGAAAGGAAAGGGACUUGGAAAAAAUGAAGAUGGCAAUCCAGAACAUAUCAAGGUCUCAUAUAAAAAUGAUAGCACGGGUAUCGGCUACAAAGGCUAUGAUGACACUUGGAUUACUUAUCAAAGUGAUUUUAAUUCACUUCUAGCAAAUCUAAAUGGAUCUGAAUGCAAUUCUUCCACCUCCUUCCCUGAUAGUAUUGACACAAACAACCAAUUUCCAAGUCUGGAAUUAAAAUCCAAGAAAUCAAGAAAAAGAGUUCAGUAA